AUGUCAGAGAGCGCGGUAAACCGCAGCAUCUUCCCUUGCCCGGUCUGCGAGGAGACUUUUGCGUCGCCCGAGGAGGUGAUCCUACACGGCGAGGGCGACGACCCUGCGCUGACCUACCAGUACUACGUGCACGAGGCCGGCUACGUCACGGAGUUUGCAGAGGAUCCGGCUACCUGGACCUUCGUUGCGCUCCGAUCGUGGACGCCUGCAGAGUUUUCGGCUAUGCAGGCCCUCGAAGCCGCUGCUGCCGCCGGUGUCGCCCAGCCUCCUACCAUUGUCGCCCCUGGCCCGAUGGCCGCCGCUCAACCUCCUGCCGUCGCCAUCGCUGGCCUGGCCUGUCGUUGCCGUUGGGCUGGCUGCAACGCCGCCUUUGCUGACGACGAUCAGCUUUACAAUCACCUCGACCAACAGCACGUUGGUGCAGUCGGGGUUCGCCCGAGGGUGAAGGUGUGCCUCUGGAAUGGCUGCACCGUCGGCUCCCACAGGGACAGGGCCGAGAUGAGAAGUCAUCUCCAGCAUCAUGCUCCCGAUGCUCGUCCCUGGUUCUGUAACGGGGGCUGCGGUGCAAGCUUCAAGCACCGCUAUGCUCGCGCCUCUCACCACAGUGUUUGUGCCCAUGAGCAAGCCCGCCAGGCUCAGCCUUGA